AUGUUUGAUCCAAUGUAUUAGUCAAUGAACUAAAUCUUAGAGGAGAAUGGUAAUAUAUUAUGGUUGGGAGAUUGCACUGCUGCAUAUGAUAGAAGUCUUUUGGAUGGAAGAGGAAUUAAGACAGUUUUAACAGUAGCUGCAGGAUUAAAUGUGUCUUAUCCUGAAGGUGGAAUAGUGCACAAAGUAAAAUAGAUAAAUAUAAAUAUAAGGUUUAUCAUAUAUUGGAUAUUGAAUCAGCAAAUAUANUUCAAUUCUUAGAUACCUAACAAUAUGAUCAACAUAACCUUAACAUUAAAUGGAGAAUUAAAGUAAAGUAUUGA